GGAGCCAUAAGUUCCAUGCAAACCAAAGAAAAGAAGCUUGGAUUAAUUGAAAAUGCCAAGCCUAAGUUCUAGGGAUAACAUGGGGAGGAAACUAGAGUUCAGCCAAACUUUAAAUAAUAAAUGACUAAUGAGUUUAUGUCCUAUUUAAACGCGUCGAUUGCUGCUAAGCGACGAUCCCACAAGAGACCAUUAAUCAACAGACAUCAGACAUCCUUUGAAAUGACCAAAUUCAGAACAAAGUUCCCUUUUUUGUUCCUCCAGGAAUUUUAGUCCUGUCCGCCGCACAGUGACUAUAUAAUCACUACAUAACUUCAAGAACUCUUUCACACACUUUCCCUGUUCACAAACUAGGCAAGAAUGGCUUCAGUUUCCCACCGGUUGCCUUUCUCUACUCAUUUUUCUGGUAGUAAAAGUGGGCAAGAAUCAAAUAAACAGAAACUUUACUGUGUGAAAAUCAAUGGGAGUAAUAGUUUUGCCCCAGCAAAGGUGGAUUUGUUGAGCCAAGAUCAUGAAACUGCAGUCACUUCUGUCGAUGCUUCUGCAAGUGUGCACAUGUUUGAGCAGCAGGUUCGACAGAACAUCCCGACGAAGAAGCAGUUGGUCGAUCCGUAUCGUCAGGGAGUGAUUGUAGAAGAAGGCGUUGGAUAUAGACAAACAGUUGUUAUAAGGUCCUAUGAGGUCGGCCCUGAUAAAACCGCGACAAUUGAGAGCAUUCUUAACUUGCUCCAGGAAACAGCAUUGAAUCAUGUAUGGAUGUCGGGGCUUUUAGGCGACGGGUUCGGUGCCACACAUGGAAUGAUGAGAAACAAUCUUAUUUGGGUUGUUUCAAGAAUGCAAGUUCAGGUUGAUCAUUAUCCAAUCUGGGGCGAGGUAAUGGAAAUAGACACAUGGGUUGGAGCAUCAGGGAAGAAUGGGAUGAGGAGAGACUGGCUACUGAGAAGUCAAGCCACGGGGCUUGUUUUUGCUCGUGCAACAAGUACAUGGGUGAUGAUGAACCAGCAGACGAGGCGUCUAUCAAAAAUGCCAGAUGAGGUAAGGGCUGAAAUUUCACCAUGGUUCAUUGAGAAGCAAGCAAUCAAAGAAGAAAGCCCUGAAAAAAUAUACAAACUGGACAGUAGUGCGCGCUAUGUGCAUUCAGAUUUGAAGCCGAAGAGAAGUGAUCUUGACAUGAACCAUCAUGUAAAUAACGUGAAGUACGUUAGAUGGAUGCUUGAGUCAAUCCCUGAUGAAUUCUUGGAGAACCAUCAGCUGGCUGAUUUAAUACUAGAGUACAGAAGAGAGUGUGGGAUUGCAGAUGUGGUGCAAUCUCUCUGUGAGCCUCAAGAAGAUGGACUGAUAAAGACUGGGAUUCAGCAGUGUAAUCACAUUGGUUUGAAUGGACAUUCUUCACUAUCUUCAGAAAUUCUUGGGGGAAAUGGAUUGCUGGGGUCCUUAGAUCAGGGGCCAUUAAGCUACACUCACCUACUGCAGGUUAAGGGAGAGCCCAAAAAUGAAGAAAUAGUGAGGGGAAAGACCACAUGGAAGCCAAAGCUCAAUGCUAUACCAUUUCCUCCGUAGAAAAUUAUGUCACACUGACGAGUAUAUAUAUGCCAAGAAACAGAAUAUCCAGCCAGCCUUCAACGAGUCGACCU